UCGGACUCGGACACAGACUCAAACACGGACACAGACUCAGACUCGGACUCAGACUCAGACACGGACUCAGACUCAGACACGGACUCAGACUCAGACACGGACUCAGACUCAGACACGGACUCAGACUCAGACUCAGACACAGACUCAGACUCAGACACAGACUCAGACUCAGACACAGACUCAGACUCAGACUCAGACACUGACUCAGACACAGACUCAGACUCAGACUCAGACUCAGACUCAGACACAGACUCAGACUCAGACACAGACUCAGACUCAGACACUGACUCAGACACAGACUCAGACUCAGACUCA